AUGUCAGUUCAUUGUUGCAAACUCUUUUUCGUUAUCGCCGCUCUUCUCAUCUACGCCAGUGUGGCAUCAACAGCAAAGAAUUUGAAGCCCCAUGCUGCUUUUGAUAAUUCUUUUCGUAUGCCUGAUACGAAUUUGCCUGCCAGUCGGCGUUUGAGGACGAUAGCUGAUGUCAACUAUGGACAGGAAGAUAGAGCUAUCUUUGGUAUUACCGGUACGAAGAUAAAAGAUUUUGGAGCGAAGAAACUGCAGAAAUUAACAGAAGGUGUGCAGACAAAAGCCCAACAACGCAAGGUAGACCGUUGGAUUGCCGAAAGAAAAACUGAGGAUUGGGUUUUUAAGCUUCAACAACUCGAUGAAGAAGGCACCAAUAUUCUGAAAAGUCCGAAGUUGAGUACGUGGAUGGACUUCGUAAUAAAACGGGGCAAGGAUCCCUACGACUUCCUGCUAUUCAAACUAAGGCGGCGCUAUGACAAUGACGAACUAGCGAAAAUGCUUGUUCUGUCAAAGAACGACGCUAGUUCGAGAGCGAUUGCCGAGAAAUUGGAGACGCUGCAGCUUGAGAAAUGGAUGAAAGACGAAAAAUCAAUUAUCGACGUGUUCCGGUUUCUCAAGUUGAACGAAGAAGGGCUUACUCUUCUCAAAAGUCCAGUGUUGAGCACUUGGGUUUCUUACGUGGAAAAACUGAAGAAGGAUCCGUAUGAGUUGCUGUUCUUGGCGAUCAAGUCGACUGGCUUCGAUGAAGCAAAACUAGCAAAGAUGAUUGGCUCUGUAAAGGACGACACUAAUACCGCGUUUAUUGCCAAGAAAAUGGAGGAACUACAGCUCGAGAAAUGGGUGACUGCUGAAAAGAGUGGCGAUGAUGUCUUCAAAAAUAUCGGACUCGACAAGGAAGGAGACAAAUUAUUUGAAAGCCCAGUGUGGAGCACUUGGGUCGCGUAUCUGAACAAGCAGAGAGGUAACUCACAUGAGGAAAUGUUCUCAGUGCUGAGGAAUCGACUGGGGGAUGUUGGUUUGACAAAUGCUUUUGCGAGGGCGAAAGGAGACGACAGUAAGCUUACCAAAGACAUCGCAGCAAAACUGGAAAUGGAUAUUUGGCGGAUGAAUGGACAUACCUCAGACGACUUGUUUAAAAUGCUCAAAUUGAACGAGAAGGGCGACAAGGUUUUAGAAAGCCCGACAUUUUCUACCUGGGCGGCUUAUGUGCUCAAGUUGGAGAGUUACAGGAAGACUCCAGAUGAAUUUGCUACUAUCAGACAGCUAGAGAGACACUACGACGAUGCCACACUUGCACGAAUGCUUGCCAAUUCGAAACGCCGAGCUGACACUGCAAGCACAAAAGGAUACAUCGCAGAUUUGCAAGAAUUGCAAUUCAAAAAGUGGGUGGUUGAGAGGACGAGUCCCAAUGUUUUCGCACUAUUGGUACGUAAGAAAUUCUUGACCAGCGAUAGGGUGAAGCGUGAUUUCCGUGAUUUCCUUAAGCGCAAUGCCGAUAAAUUCGAGUCAAGUUAG